UAUGGUCUACCAAAAGUCCACAAAAGAAACAUACCACUUCGACCAAUUUCAUCCUCAAUAAAUGUACCAUGCUCCGGACUAUCUAAAUACAUAGGACAAAUACUAAAAAAUAUCGUCUCCGAGAAAUUUAAUAUAAGAAACUCAUUAAAUCUGAAAGAAAGUAUAAAGGAUCUGCAUAUUGAUGAUGAUGAAAUUCUCAUAUCCUUGGACGUCGUUUCCCUCUUUACAAAUAUACCCAUUCACUUUGCAAUCAACACAAUAAUGAAGCAGUGGUCGAGUCUGCAAAAACACACAAAAAUCAUAAAAAAGCAAUUUCUAACGAUAUUAGAAUUUUGUCUGAGGGAAAAUAAUUACUUUGUGUACGAUGGAACUUACUACCAGCAAGUUUAUGGUAUGCCGAUGGGUAAUCCUCUAUCGCCAACUAUAGCGGACAUAGUUUUAGACAAAAUUAUUGACGACAGCAUUAUUGAGCUAAGAUCCACUGACAUAUAUAUCAAAUACAUAACCAAAUAUGUAGAUGAUAUAUUCGCCGUAGUUAAGAUGAAGGACGUGGAAGAGAUUUUAAGAAUAUUUAAUAGACAACAUACAAAAAUACAAUUCACUCUGGAGAAAGAAAAAGAUAACAAAUUAGCCUUCCUAGACAUAGAAAUAUAUAAAAAUAAAAACAAACUAAAAACUAAUUGGUACACCAAAGCCGUAGCAUCCUCAAGGAUGAUCAACUACCAUUCCAACCACCCAUGGACUCAAAAGAGAAACACGGCUAUAAAUUUUAUAAACAAAGUUAACUCCUUGAGUGACCAGGAGUUCAUGGAUCAGAACAAGAGAAAAAUAAGAAGCAUACUAUGUAAAAACGGGUACCCUAACAAAAUAAUAGAAAGCUUACUAACAGCAGCAGCAAACAAAAUCACAUGUAAAAGUGGCAAUACAAAAACAAAGGAAGACAAUUGCAAAAUAUAUACAGGCGUCACAUAUAUACCUAAACUUACGGACAACAAAACACUACGCAAAAUUAUUAAAAACAACAACGUAAGCUAUGCACAUAAACCACAUCACACUAUCCAAGCCAUUUAUACCAAAACAAAAGAUAAAAUUGGUAAGGAACAACUACACAAUGUAGUCUACGAAAUAAAAUGUCAAGGCAAAGAAGGAGAAAACUGCAGCAAGGUUUACAUUGGCACAACGAAGAGAUCGCUUGGAACGAGAAUCAACGAACAUAAGCUAGACGCCAAAAACAACAAGAGUACCACAGCAUUAGCGCAACACCUGACGGAAAACAAACAUACAGCUGAUUUUGACAAUGCAAAGGUUUUGGACGUGGAGAACAGAACGAGAAGAAGGAUGACAUUAGAAGGGUUGCGCAUACAACAAAAAAUAACUGAAGCAAUGAACUUCAAAGAAGACGUAGAUAAUAUAAACUGUGCAUAUGCGACUGCAAUUACACACAAUGUCUGAGGUUUGACGAUGAAGGAUGUGCAGUGUUGUUUAACGUGUCUUAAUGUUUUAAAUAUGUUUAAUUUAUGUUGUGAUAAUUUUAUUGCUUAAUAUUAAAACUCCCUGAAGAAGACGCGAAUAUGCGUCGAAACGCGUAGGAGAAGAAGCAAACACUUGUUUUAUUCAAUAUAACCGGCCAAAAAGCUCCAAAUCCAAUAGCAUUGAAUUUUUAACCUUGGCCCACGGAA